AUGGCGGAUGAAGAGGUGGCACCAGCAGAGGUGCAGCAUUAUGAAAGUAUUCAGGAAGUUCCCUGGGAUAUUCAAAAUUAUUGGAAUCAACGGCACCGCAUCUUCUCCAAGUACGACGAUGGGGUAUGGUUGACGGAUGAUUCUUGGUUUGGGGUUACCCCAGAACCAGUGGCCAAUAAAAUAGCAGCACAUCUUGCUGAAAUCGCUCCGGCUGAGCGCCCUAUUCUGGUGGAUUGCUUCGCCGGCGCAGGCGGCAACACCAUCGCUUUCGCAAAGACAGGCAAAUGGAAGCGCAUCUAUGCCAUUGAAAAGAAUCCCGUCGUUCUCCAAUGCGCCAAACACAAUGCGAAGAUCUACGGUGUUGAAAAUCAAAUCACCUGGUUUGAGGGCGACUGUUUCGAGAUCCUGAAGAACCAGUUGAAAGACCUAGCACCUUACAGUGUGAUCUUUGCAAGCCCACCUUGGGGUGGCCCCGGAUAUCGCUCAGAUGAGGUCUUCAACCUGCGGACUAUGGAACCAUACUCACUUGAGAAGCUUUACAAGGAGUACUCACUGUUUACUCCUCACGUUGCCUUGUAUUUGCCUCGGACAUCAGAUGUCAGACAACUGGCGAAAUUCGUGCCUGAAGGUCGCAAGGCGGAGGUGAUGCAUUAUUGUAUGGAUGGGCAUAGCAAAGCGCUGUGUAUCUUUUACGGAGACUUCAAUGGACACUAA